AUGGCUUCCAAGUACUAUGCUCAGACCAUAUCUUCUGGGUCUGUCAAGGGUGGGGGUCUAACUCGGAUGUCUUCUGUCCAUUCCACCGGCUCAUGCAGAGCACCAAGCCUGGCCUUUGGCAGCAGGAGCAUCUCCACCUCUUCCAUGAAGCUGGGAGCUGGGAGCAUUUGCUCACCUGGGCCUGGGUUUCUUGGAAGCUACGGCUGGCACGAUGAAGGGAUCCUUAGUUGCAAUGAAAAGGAGCUGAUGCAGUGCUUGAACGACCGCCUGGCCAGUUACCUGGAGAGAGUGCGCUGCCUGGAGCAGGAAAACGCCAACCUGGAAUGCAAGAUCCGGGAGUGGUAUGAAUGCCAAGUCCCCUACGUCUGCAUCGACUUUCAAUCUUAUUACAAGAUCAUUGAGGAACUCCAGCACCAGGUAACGGUCGUCGUGAAUAUUUUGCAUGCAGUGCAGGAAUCCUGCCCACAGCCAUCCCUGGGUGGGCUCGAACCACUAACCUUUUGGUUAGAAGCAAGAUGCACUGACCUUUUGCACCACCUGUAUUAACUAUGGACAGCCUUAUUCUUCACAAUGUUGUCUAAUCCCCUUUUAGGUAAAGGGACCCCUGACCAUUAGGUCCAGUCGUGACCAACUCUGGGGUUGCAGCGCUCAUCUCGCUUUACUGGCCGAGGGAGCCUGCGUUUGUCCUCAGACAGUUUUUGCGGGUCAUGUAGUCAGUAGGACUAAGAUGCUUCUGGCGAACCAGAGCAGCGCACGAAAACGCCGUUUACCUUCCGGCCUUACCUUACCUUACCUAUUUAUCUACUUGCACUUUGACGUGCUUUCAAGCUGCUAGGUUGGCAGGAGCUGGGACCGAGCAACGGGAGCUCAUCCCGUCGCGGGGAUUCGAACCGCCGACCUUCUGAUCGGCAAGUCCCAGGUUCUGUGGCCUAACCCACCGUGCCACCCACAUCCCUAAUCCCCUUUUAAAGCCAUCCAAAUUGGCACCCCCAUUCUUACAUCUUGUGGUAGCAAGUUGCUUGGUUUAGCUAUGUCCUGUCUGUGCAGGAAAAGGUCCUUUGCUUUGUCUGUUCUGUUUCUUACACCAUCCGUUGAAUGGCCUAGAGCUCUAGGAUUAUAAGAUGCUGAGGAAAGCAUCAUCCUAUCCACGUCCUUUAUGCCAUGUUAUGCACCUCUCUCAUGCUCCCACCUUACUGUUUAUCUAAGCUAAAAAGCCUCAAACAUUAUAACCUGCCCCAGCCACCUGUUCCUUUUGGUUGGCCAAGUCUGGGGUGUGGGGAGGGGUUGGUGGGUUUUUUUGUUUUUUUUUAAAAAGUAGCAUUCAUAAGAACUCCACUUGUCUAUUGUUAGUUUUAAUAAUGUUCCAGCCCCAGCCCUUUUGGAGAAGUCACUCUGAUUUUCUCUCCCUAACUUUGUAGCCCCCUGCUUUCUUUGCAACUUUAAAAACAAUUCACAGCUCCGCAAUUUGUUCUCCAGAUCUUGUGCGCCAAGACGGACAAUGCCAGGUUGGUCUUGGAAAUUGACAAUGCUCGCCUAGCUGCUGACGACUUCAGGACCAAGUAAGUCCACCUUAUUCAGAGCAAGAACUCGUGGCAGAGAGGUGAUUUCAAAUUUACUUGGGCCUCUGGUGUUUUAAUACCAGUCUUACUGUAUUGUAGAUGUUACGGUUUAAUGAAAUAUCUCCCUAUUAUACUGCUUCAUAAUAAGAAUAUAUCUUAUGCAUUUUCAAAGUUGAUAUAAAUGCUUAAAAGCUGGAGAAAUGUAUCCCAAUAAAGUAAAAGCCUACUAAGUAAUCAUAACUCAUUUGCAGCAAUUCUACCAAAUAUAAAUAGGUAAAUGUAUAAAUAUUAAAUAUUGGAACUAUAGAAGACUCUUAUGAUUGAAAAUAAUAGAAAGCCCACAUCUUCUCCUGCAAUUUCAUUUUUAAAAAUGUGGUCUAUGCUUGAGUCAAAUAAAAUACCGUAUUUUUCGCCCUAUAGGACGCACUUUUUCCCCUCCAAAAAUGAAGGGGAAAUGUGUGUGCGUCCUAUGGGGUGAAUGCAGGCUUUCGCUGAAGCCUGGAGAGCGAGAGGGGUCGGUGCGCACCAACCCCUGUCGCUCUCCAGGCUUCAGGAGAGCCCCACUGCCAGCCCCACAAGCUCGGGGGACAGCGGGGAGGCGCAGCGUGCCUUUCCCUGCUGUCCCCGACUUGGUUAGAAGGCUGUCGGGGGGGGGAGAAGCCUGCUCCUUCCCCUCAACAGCUCCGCAAACUUGGGGGACAGCGGGAGAGGUGCAGCGUGCCUUUCCCAUUGUCCCCCCGACUUGGUUAGAAGGCUGGCGGGGGGGGGGAAGACUGCUCCUCCCCGUCGCCAGCCACGCAAACUCGGGGGACAGCGGGAGAGGUGCAGCAUGCCUUUCCCGUUGUCCCCCCGACUUGGUUAGAAGGCUGGCGGGGGGGGGAGACUGCUCCUCCCCGUCGCCAGCCUCGCACUUGGUUAGAAGGCUGGCGGAGGGCUUCCCCCUCCUCCAGCCCCGCAAGCUCCCAGAGCGAUGCCAAAGCUGCACGCAGCUUCGGCAUCGCUCUGGGUCCCGUUCUGGGGGCUGGGGGAGGGGCUGGGGGAGGGGGAAGCUUGGGCGCCUGGGGGGGGAAUAAAAUGUUUUUCCUUUAUUCCCCCCCCCCCCAAAAUCUAGGUGCGUCCUAUGGACCGGUGCGUCCUAUAGGGCGAAAAAUACGGUAAAUAAAUUAUAAACCUGGGAAAGGCCCCUCAUACCUUCCCCACAAAUGAUAACUCCUUGCUUCUUCUUUUCCAUGCUGAAAUAGAAAAGAACCUUGUGCUUGUUGUUUUUAACAUUUACUGUUCCAAAGGUACGAGACAGAGCUGGCUCUUCGCCAGAGUGUUGAGGCUGACAUCAAUGGGCUGCGCCGAAUCCUGGAUGAAUUGACUUUAUGCCGGUCUGACCUGGAAGCUCAGCUUGAAUCCCUUAAGGAGGAACUCAUUUGUCUCAGGAAGAACCAUGAGGAGGUAGUAGCAAACUUUCGCUGGGGAAAAGGUGACAAAAUGCCACCUUGUGUUGUUGUAGACACAAUCACAUUCCACAUGCAAAUGAGGGUCUCCUUUCAUAGGCGUGCCAUCAUUGUAUUGAGAAGGGUGGCCAACAUGGCACUAUCUGGGUGUUCUUGUACUACAAAUCCCAUCCAGUUUCGCCAAUAGUCAGGGAUAACGGGAGCAACAACCCAAAAUAUCUGGAAGGCAACAAAUUGGCUCCUCCUGUUGCUGAGGAUCAACUGAUAGUAUCUCUAUAAUAGCAGCAGAUGACCAAAAAUGAAGCAUUGAGGGCACGUUGAGAGAUUAAGCUGCCCUCACCUGCUCCAUGUUUAUGGAACUCUCCCUGAGAUUUUCCUCUUCUGGUUUUCCAGAGUCCAACAAGCUACACCUGCUGGACUUCCCUCUUCUACCCCAUCAUUAAAGGGGCAGGAGCCCUAACCUCUUUUUCACUAGGCCACCUUACUUGUGGCAAACAUGGGUCUGGGUACUCUGAUCACAAUUCCUCUAGUAGGCAAUGGGAGGAGGAAGAGAGGCAGUUGGCAGGGGGUACUGAACACUUCCAGGUGUCUACAGCUUCUCCUUCCACCCGACACAAAUCAGGAUUCCCAGCUGCAUCUUAACUAGAAUGGAUAGAGGAACGUAGUGUGGCAAGUGCUGUAGCAGGAGAAAAACAGCAUGUGUAAAGAGGAGUUAGCCUCUCUCAUGUGCUGCUUUAAAUCAAACCCUCUAUGGAGUUACAGUGUCUCUUACUCACUCCUUGCUAUAGAGGUCCACAUCAAACAAUGACCACCCAGAAAUGUGCAUUAUGAAACAUGGGCCUUCUCAUCCUCCAGGAAGCAAACGGACUGCGCUCAAAGCUUGGGGCCAGAGUUAAUGUGGAGGUGGAUGCUGCCCCGUCGUGCGACCUGAACAAAAUCCUGGAUGAGAUACGGAGUCAGUAUGAGAGCCUGGCUGAAAAAAACCGCAGAGACGUUGAGACUUGGUUCACUUCUAAGGUGGGUAUCCUGAGAAGUCAUCUCUAAGUGAUAAUGUAGGACCAGUGGUUGACCUUAAAAUGGAGGUGCAUGCCCUCUCUGUCUUAUUCUUUUUACUUUCCUGCUUGUUUUAGAUGGAGGAGCUGAACCAGCAGGUGAUCUCCAGUGGUGAAGAGCUUCAAACCUGCCAGUCAGAGAUCAUUGAGCUGAGGCACACUGUCCAAGCCCUUGAGAUUGACCUGGAUGCCCAACAAAACAUGGUGAGUCAAGAGGAUAAUAUUUGGGGGUGGGUGGGUGGGUGGGUGUGAGAGGAUCUUGCCUUGUGCAGCCCAGAUGACCAUCUGCUACCUCCAGGAGCAACACUCCAGGCCUUGUCUACAUAAAUAGUUUUCUUGAAAAAUAACCUGACAUGAAUUUUGUGGGAAUGUUGAGGAAGGUCGGAGAGGAUAUAUUCAUUUUGUUUAUUUCUCCCAUCACUGGAUCGUAGCCUCUUCAAGGCCUAUGAUUCUUUGAAACUUAUUACCUGGGGAGGCCUAGAAACAUGAGAUCAGCUGACUGUGCAUAAAGAAGAGAAAUCCUCCUGCUCUCCAUUCAAAAUUAUCUCUCUUAUUCCCCUCUCAGAAAAAUGCUCUGGAGUGCACCCUGCAAGAAACGGAGGCCCGCUAUAGCACCCAGCUGGCUCAGCUCCAGUGCUUGAUCAGCAACAUAGAAGGUCAGCUAGGAGACCUCCGGUGUGACAUGGAGCGCCAAAGCCACGAGUACAAGAUUCUCCUGGAUGUCAAGACACGCCUAGAAUCAGAGAUCACAACAUACCGACGUCUGCUGGAAGGAGAAGAUUGCAAGUAUGUAUAA